AUGCAGGUCUCACAGGCGGCUGCAGAGCUCCAGCAAUACUGUCUGCAGAACGCAGGCAGGGAUGCUCUACUCGUCGGGGUCCCCACUGGCAGCAACCCCUUCAGAGAACCACGAUCCUGCACUGUGGUGUGACGUCGACCGCCCCUGAAUCAUUCUGAAGAAAAACUUUACAACGGAAAUAAUGUUUUAUUUUUUAAUGUGGCAGUAGAAAGAACGCACACCGGAAACACACUAAGAGUUUAUUUACCUUCGUCCCAAUGAUUAUUUCAUACAACAUUUUAAAUGUUUCAAAGGAACAUUUAAUACUAAAUUAUAAUAAAAGUG